GGGGCGGGGCGCGCCCACCCAUAUAAGUCUCCGCCGUGAGCGCGCUGAUGCUUUGUCGCCGUCGCCGCCGCUUCUUUCGUCUGUGCAGCCACCAUGCCGCCCUACACCAUCAUCUACUUCCCUGUUCGAGGGCGCUGCGAGGCCAUGCGCAUGCUGCUGGCCGACCAGGGCCAGAGCUGGAAGGAGGAGGUGGUGGCCAAGGAGUCCUGGAUGCAGGGCCCACUCAAAGCCUCCUGUCUGUACGGGCAGCUCCCCAAGUUCCAGGACGGAGACCUUACCCUGUACCAGUCCAAUGCCAUCCUGCGACACCUGGGCCGCUCCUUGGGGCUGUAUGGGAAGGACCAGCGGGAGGCGGCCCUGGUGGACAUGGUGAACGAUGGUGUGGAGGACCUUCGCUGCAAGUACGUCACUCUCAUCUACACCAACUACGAGGCGGGCAAGGAGGACUAUGUGAAGGCACUGCCCCAGCACCUGAAGCCUUUUGAGACCCUGCUGUCCCAGAACCAGGGUGGCGAGGCCUUCAUUGUGGGUAACCAGAUCUCCUUUGCGGACUACAGCCUCCUGGACUUGCUCCGGAUUCACCAGGUCCUGGCUCCCCACUGCCUGGACUCCUUCCCUCUGCUCUCAGCCUACGUGGCCCGCCUCAGUGCCCGGCCCAAGCUCAAGGCCUUCCUGGAGUCCCCUGAGCACGUGAACCGCCCCAUCAAUGGCAACGGGAAACAGUGAGGGUUUGUGGCAGUCUCCACCAGUGGCAGGGAGCUGCCUGCUUCCCUUUCCCCGGGAUCAAUAAAAUUUCUAAGAGAGAA